AUGUUCAUGCGAAGACUCUCUUCUCUGUUCUCUAUCCUAACCAUAAGAUCACAAAGUCGCUUGAUUUCGUGUCCUGCAACUUCUGCUCGAAAUUGGGUAUUUGCUGGAUUUCACCAGAACUUACAAGCAACUCGAUCGUACGCAAGUGGAAGACGUAAAGACUACAACCUCUUUGGUAAUGUGAAACCAGGUGAUAAUGAUUUCAGAAAAGCCUGGGAGAAAGAAAUGGAGGAUGGUGGUGAUGAUGAUACUCUAUGGUCAGCAAGUGAAGACGAAAGCGAUGAUGAUAACACAAAGCAAGCAAAUGGAAGAAACCGCCUUGAAAAAGAAGUUAAGAGAGCUAGGCAACAAGCUAAAGAAAGCUCCGACCUAAUCGAUGCAGACGAUAGUGAUGAGUUACACAGUGUUUGGUCAGGAAGCGACGAGGAGAAAACCUUGUGGACUGGCGAUGAAGGUGAUGACGACGACGAUAUCCCCACAGAGCCGCGCCCGAACGAAGCGUCUGAUAAGUAUUUGGAUAAGUUGUUUGAGUUUGAAGAGAAGCCAAAGUACAGGACAAUCUCAGAGCUGUUGAAAUCUGAAAACGAGCCUGAGGAGCUUUCACCGGGCAAAGAAGCGAGGAAGCUAGCUGUUGAGAACGCGCUGAAGAAGCUGAACAAAGGGCCUGACGGGCGUUUCACGAACGUGUGGGAAGUGAUGAGUGACGUCGACAUUCUGAUUGGAGCGUUCGAAAACAUUAUCUCAGGACCUGAGUAUGAAGAGCUGAGGAAAGGUGGACCAAAGAGAUUGAACAUGCAGUUCUUCAAGGAUAUACAGACUAAGAUGAGAGAUCCGAACUUCAAAUUCACGCCUGAGAUAAAGCUGAAGCCUAAGAGUAAACUAGUGCCGAGGAAGAAAUGGCAGAAGACACAGUCUAGAAGAAGGAAAGCUCAGAAACGAUAA